GUAGGCACUUCCUACUUCCGUGCGACCUCCAGGUCUGAUCGGGUGAAGGGAAGAACGGAGCUGUGCCGAAGGAACCUCCUGUCAUUGCCAAGGAUCCACAACAAACCACGACACAGAGUCGCUCUCCUUACAACACGUGGCAGUAGUCUAGAGUACAGCCGACACCAUGUCGCUGGCGGGGUUAAAGAAACAGCUGAAUAAAGCCAACCAGUCUAUUCGUGAGAAGAUAGGAGGGGCCGAGGCUACAAAACUUGACGAUGACUUCCUGGAAAUGGAAAAGAAAAUCGACACAAUGGACGAGCUGUCUAUUGAGUUGAUAACGAAAACCAAGGAAUACCUGCAGCCCAACCCAGCUUCUCGUGCAAGACUUGCGGCUCAAAACCAGUUUUCCAAAAUCCGUGGGCAGGCGCGCACCACGCAGUACCCCCAGCCAGAGGGGACCCUGGGAGAUUGUAUGAUGAAGUACGGGCGUGAGUUGAGUGAGGGCUCCGUAUCGUCGGAGUACGAUUGGAGAAACUAUGGCGAGGCCCUGUCAGAGAUGGGGGAGACUCUGAAGCAGAUGGCAGAGGUGAAGUACAACCUGGAUGCCACUGUGAAGCAGAACUACCUGGACCCCCUGCAGCAGCUGCAUGAGAAGGACAUCAAGGAAGUCUUGCACCAUCGCAAGAAGCUACAGGGCCGACGACUCGACUAUGACUGCAAGAAGCGUCAGAAGGAAAAAGGUAGUGGAGGUAUGCAACCUGCAGGGUCAAAGGUCAGCGACGAUGACCUGCGGAGCGCCAUGGAGAAGUUCGAGGAGUCGAAAGAGCUGGCGGAGAACGGCAUGUAUAACCUGCUGGAGAGCGACGUGGAGCAGAUCUCCCAGCUGCAGACCCUGGCCAACUCCAUGCUGGAGUACCACCAGCAGUCCACAGAGCUCAUGGAGCAGCUCUGCAGUAAGCUACAGAGCAGAGUUGAUGACGCCUCGAGCAGACCUCGCGCCCACCACCACCCCAAGAAGGUCACGGAGGACCUCCUGGACCACUACAACGGAACAGACUCUACAGACGCGCCCCCGGCUUAUGCCUCCAUCUCUGCCAAGGAACGUACGACUUGGUACGUGGAAACAGAUGAAACAGAAUCAGGGGACCUCCUGGUGGACACCAUUGCAGAUUCCCCCUCGCACCAGCACCAGCCCCCCCAGCAGCCAUGCUGCAAGGCGCUGUACGACUUCGAUCCCGAGAACGAGGGAGAGCUCGGCUUCCAGGAGGGAGACCUCAUCACGCUUACAAACAGAAUCGACGAGAACUGGUUCGAGGGCACCGUGAAGGGACAGUCCGGCUUCUUCCCAGUCAACUACGUCGAGGUGGUCGUCCCCCUGCUGUAAAGUCGAGCACCCAGCGUCUGUCACGACUUCUUACAUCAUCUCCACUAGACUGAUUAGGCUGGCUGAAGAAUUAGUAACGUUUGACCAAACUGGGAGAAUAAUAGAGUCAUUUCCAGAUGGGGCGGCCAUCUUGGAUUUCCCAAGGUCGUCUGGGGUUAUGCAUCAAAACGAGGUUGUUUAGGAGAGUCCCUUGUUGAAAGUGUAUUAGAGUCUAGGUGGGUCAUCUUCAGUGGUAAGUUCUACCACUCUAACUUGAAAUAAGCCGGAUGACCCUGGAAAAACCAAGAUGGCCACCCCAUCUGGAAAUGACUCUAUUUGCCAGGGGAGUGUGGCUGCCAUGGGGUUUUAUUUGCCAACACAAGGGGGAAUGUUACCCAUACUGCAGACUGACUCUCCUGGCCAACAUCUGCUAUCCAUAAACCCUUAGGAAGCCCUAGAAAAACUUCUUAGGUACAUUUAUUAUGAUCUUUGGGCAUGACUUUGGAACAUUAACGUUAUAACUGCAGAUGCUUUUCAAAGAAGUACAUGUACCUAGAAAAUAUCAUUUUGAAGGUAUGACAAGGAAGAUUUGUGUCAGUGAUACACAGUAUUUUGUGAAUGGCACCAGUCUCUUUAGUCUUAGAAGGUUGGAAGAGUAUGGCAUUUGCUUCACAGUAAGGGCUUCUCUCAGAAAGUAGAAAAAUGAAAGAUGAUAUUGUAAUAGUUUAGAGUUAUUAACUUCACCUCAAACAACCAAUAAGAAAGUAGACAUGUUUACCUUGUCCGAGUAAAAAUUUAUUCUCAUGUGGCUAUAGGGAACUAGAACUUUUGCCCCAAAAUGUGUGGUGAUAUCACUGAAAUGAAUCUUCCUUGUUUACAUAUGAAGCAGUCUGCCAGUCCUAGUCUAGUGUUGUACCUUAUGCAUGUUCAUAUAUAGAAAAAAAACAUCUAUGAGGCAGUCUGGUGAAACGUCGUAAACUUCAUGUUCUUAAGUUUGUUUUAAUGACUAUAACUAUAACUGUGUCAGGUGAUAGUAGUUUAGCCUGAAAUCCAGUCUUCUUGAGGAGGCAGCAACUGUUAAAAGAAUACUGAAGCUAGCAAGACUGGGUUCGAGGCUAAUUUUAGGUGUCACAUUUGGAGAUGAACCUCUAAACAUUUUGUGGCACCUGUAACUUGGCAGUGGAACGUUUCUGUUUCCGUUAAGUUAUUCCUACACUGCGAUGGCAGGUCAGGGAUUUGUCCUAUAAGCCUGUUCAUAGUUCAAACUGCUCAUGUGCAGCAAGAAGCAUUGUGGGUAAUAUGUCAAAGGUGAACACCCCUAACUUGUAAACACUUCUUGUCCAGAUAGUGUUUGAUACAUGUCCAGAUACAUGUCUUGUUUUUGUCUUAGGGGAAUUCAACUUUGACAUUUUAUACCCACAGUGCAUCUUGCUGUGCAUGCUCACUUGGUUCUGUGAACAGCCUUAUUAUUUUUAAGCAGUACCAUGUACAUAUGAUGUGUUACAGAGUGUCUGCUGUGGUAAUGUACAUUUCUGUGUACAAUAGAGCAUUUUUUUGCUUUUUGAUGUAACUAGAGAGAAACAUCUCAGUAGUGAAGAAGAUAUGUUUCAUGUAGUUGAGACAGUGCAUACCUUGCCAGCUUGGUCAGAGUAGGUAGAAAACAAGGUUGAUGAACUUGAUCAAAAAUUUUGGAAAAGAUGAAGUUGACUAUUUUAUGGACAGAGAAAAGGUAUAACAAGUUGCUUGUGCUGUUUGAACAAAAAUAUGGUAGUAAGAAUGUGUUACAUAGAUGGACUAACGUUCACAAAAAUACAGAUGUCCUAUAAUUAUACUCCUUUGGAACCUGACUGGUAAUAUGAAAAAGAAUUGGUAAAAAAGAGGUUAGUUUGUAUGUAGAGCAAUAGAAAAAAAGUUUUAAGACAGAAAUUUCACCUAGCUGCAAGUUGAUGAAUGAAUGACAUGACAUGAUUCGUGUUUUGGGACCACUGGAGUUUCAGUGCACCAGUGAAGUAGAAAAAAUUCCACACUGCUUGAACUAAAGUCCAGCUUUACAAUUCCAAUUGUUAUUAUUGUUUAGGUUGAAUUAUCCAUGUGAUUGUGCUGUUACGGGUCCACGACAAGCAAUUCUACCAUCUGUGUCUCAACCUCACCUGUAGUAAUUGUUCUGCAUCUUGUUGGGAACAGGUGUACAAUAGAUACUAAUUAUUGUGGUGUACUUGGGAUCAUAUUACUUCCCUUUGCUCCAACCAACUGUAGGAUCCUCUGGGACUGAAGUUAUUGAAUAAAGACAGUGUUGAUGCUUGUACAGUCAAA